AAGCUCUCCGCACUCCGCGCCGCCAUGUCGUCCGCUGACGGCGGUCGCGGUGUGUCCGCCUAUGUCGUACCCACGGAGGACCCCCACAUGAGCGAGUACCCCCCCGAGCACCUCAAGUUCCGGCAGUACAUCUCAGGGUUCACGGGUACAGCGGGCACAGUGGUGGUGACGACUGACGCGGCGCUGCUGUGGACGGAUGGCCGCUACUUCCUGCAGGCUGCUGCGGAGCUGGGCCCCGAGUGGACGUUGAUGAAGGCGGGGACAGCGGGCUGCCCAGAUCUGGAGGACUGGCUGGCUACCAACCUACCCCAAGGGGCCCGUGUGGGUAUUGACCCAUGGGUCCAUACCGUCAACUCGGUGCGCAAUCUGCAACGGAAGCUGGAGGAUGCCGGAAAGGUGCUGGUUCCGCUCUUGUCGGAUGGCAACCUGGUCGGCAAUAUUUGGGGCGAGGGGCGACCCCCCGCCCCCAGCACCCCCCUCAGAGUGCACGACAUGCAAUGGGCGGGGGAGGAUGUGCCAGCCAAGCUCGGCAGGAUGAGGGAGCAGAUGCGCAACGCGGGUGCUACAGCCCUGCUGGCCCCCUCCCUGGACGAGGUCGCCUGGCUGUACAAUACCCGGGGAGGUGACGUGGACCACAAUCCCGUGGCGUUGUCGUACGCCCUCAUUACGGCUGACUCAGCGGUGCUGUACGUGGAUACGGCAAAGGUGGUAAAUCCCGUGGCGCAGCACCUGGCGGAGGCAGGGGUGCAGGUAAAGGCGUACGAAACCCUGCUGGACGACGUGGCGGCUGUUGCCGCAACUGGCGGGCGGUUGUGGCUGGAUCCAGCUCGGGUGUCGUACGCCGGGGCGCCGACCCAUGGGUCAGCUGGUGGUGCCCGCGAGGCUAACGGCGACCACCACGUCAGCAACAACGGCGGCAGUGCCGCCGCCGGGGGGGGAGUGAAGGCCCCCUUCAGGCCCGUGGAGCUCCCUUCGCCUGUGACAGCUGCCAAGGCCAUCAAGAACCCCUCAGAGCUGGCCGGCAUGCGGGAGGCCCAUCUGAGGGAUGCAGUGGCGGUUUGUCAGUUUAUGAAGUGGUUGGAGGAUAAGGUGGGCAGCGGCGCUACCGUGAGUGAGGUGGAGGUGGACGAAGUGCUGACGGGUUUCAGGCGGCAGCAGCAGGGCUUCGUGGAGACGUCCUUCGCCACCAUCGCCGGGGCGGGACCGAACGGAGCCAUCAUCCACUACCGGGCCCAGCCCGGCAGUUGCCGCCACGUGGACGACAAUACCCUGCUGCUACUGGACAGCGGGGGCCAGUACGACUGCGGUACGACGGACAUCACACGUACUGUACAUACGGGCACCCCAUCAGACCACCAGCGCCGCUGCUUUACCCGGGUAUUGCAGGGCCACAUCGCUCUGGACUCCGCGAUAUGGCCCGAGGGCACCCCCGGUGCGGCUCUGGACCCCCUGGCCCGCCUGCCCCUCUGGCGGGAGGGACUCAACUACCGGCAUGGCACCGGGCACGGAGUGGGGGCAGCGCUGAACGUGCAUGAGGGCCCCCAGGCCAUCUCCAUGCGCUACCACAUCACCACCCCCCUCGCCCCCGCCAUGGUCUGCUCCAACGAACCCGGGUACUACGAGGACGGCUCCUUCGGUGUGCGGAUUGAAAACCUGGUGGUGGUGGUGGAGAAGGAAACACCUUUCAGAUACGCCGGUCAGCAAUAUCUGGGCUUCGAGCGGCUGACCCUGGUUCCGAUGCAGGCCAAGUUGGUGGACACGGCCCUGCUGAGCCCCCAAGAGGCCGCCUGGCUGGACGGGUACCACCGGGAGGUGUGGGAGCGAGUGUCGCCCAGGAUGCAGGACCAACCGGAGCUGUUGGAGUGGUUGCGCACCAACACCCGACCUCUAGCCGAGCAGCUAGGGGCCCCCGCGUAGAUGCAGCCCUCAACACGCAACUUCAGGUUGCUAUGUAUGUAUGUAUACAUAUAUAUUUGUAUGUUUUGAAGGAGAGGGUAGGGCAGGACGAGGGAUGCGAAGGAGGGGAGGAUCUUAAAGGAGGUAAAUGGACGCAUUGCGUUGUGUUGAGUUGCUAAGGCAGGAGUAGCCACGUCAGCAAUCCUUGCCUGCCUGCCUGCCUGCCUUGUAGUUGUUUUUUGUUUGUUGGGGGAAUUGUCAAGUGCCGGACUUCGCAGCUGCUGGUGCGGCGUGCCCACAUGCACACAAUGUGCUAGUAGAGAACUACACAUUCGAUACGAAGAAUACACAAACAACUGCACUGCAGUACAAUCCUGUACAUGUUGAGCAAUG